UUGUCUAGAUCUUUAAUCACUGAUGAAAUUUUUUAUUUGUUGCAGAAUAAGUGUUGCUGUAUUUCAAGAAAUUGGAGAUGAGAAAGCAUUACACUUGAUUCAAGAUGAGCUCAACCGUCCAACCCUGAAAAAGAUAGAACAAUUAAAGAGACCCAAGAGUUAUUGGGAGUGUGUGACCUCCGACGUAGCUGGUCCAAUGUAUAGGUCUAAAGAGUUCAAUGGCUUCUUAUUUGACUCAAGUCGUAACAUUGAGCUGAAGAGUCAUGAUCUUCUGGAGAAACCUUUACAAGGCAAGAAACAAUUUGCAAGAAGACCAUUCAUUGGCUUCUUCAAGGCCAAAAGAUUUGACUUUGUUGUGGUCAGUGUUCAUCUCAAAGCAACAGGACUUGAUAAUGAAGAUCUCAGCCGAUUACAGGUACGACACUAUCCUUGGUUUACAAGAACUCUUUUUGGGUUACCUGUGGUCUCACCCACAGGCAACCCAUAAGAGAAAUACUGUGUC